UAACUUUGUAUGCAGCUCUUCCAAGUUUAUAUGGUUGUUUUAUACAGAUACUUGUUACGAAUGUUUGAAGGUUUUGUUAAUUAAUUGCUGAGUUUUUCUUUCUUCAAAAAUAAAAACUGAGGAGGAAGUAUUAUGGCUUACAAUCGGAGAGGGCCUGAAAAGCAGCCGUCUGCGAGGCUGCUACGGACUCAAACUGCAGGGAGUUUAGGAAUGGAACCAAUGAUGGACAGUGAGGUAGUGCCUUCAUCUCUUGUUCAAAUUGCACCUAUUCUUCGCGUUGCUAAUGAAGUCGAACCUGCUAAUCCGAGAGUUGCAUACCUUUGUCGGUUCUAUGCCUUUGAGAAAGCACAUAAACUUGAUCCAAAAUCAAGUGGACGCGGUGUUCGUCAGUUCAAGACCGCCCUCCUUCAGCGCCUAGAGAAGGAAGAUCAAACAACUUUAGCAGCACGAUCAAACAGCGAUGCUCGUGAAAUGCAGAAUUUUUAUCAACAUUACUACAGGAAGUACAUUCAAGCUUUAGAAAACGCUGAAAAAGCUGACCGUAUUCGGCUUACAAAAGCUUAUCAGACUGCUGCUAUUCUGUUUGAGGUUUUAAAAGCUGUUAAUUUUACAGAGUCUGUGGAGGUGGCAGAUGAGAUUAUAGAAGCUCACGCCGAGGUUGCUGAGAAAACAGAGAUGUAUGCUCCGUAUAAUAUACUUCCACUUGACCCUGAUAGUGCAAAUCAAACAAUCAUGAGAUUUCAUGAGAUUCAAGCUUCAGUUUCCGCGCUACGCAAUACCAGGGGACUCCCAUGGCCCAAGGGCUACAAGAAGAAAGCCCAUGAAGACAUUCUGGACUGGCUACAGAUUAUGUUUGGUUUUCAGAAAGAUAAUGUCUCAAAUCAGAGAGAACACUUAAUCUUGUUGCUUGCAAAUGUUCACAUUCGCAAGUUCCCAAACGCUGACCAACAACCAAAGCUUGAGGAUAGUGCAGUUACGGAAGUUAUGAAGAAACUUUUUAAGAAUUACAAGAUGUGGUGCAAAUAUUUGGGCCGCAAAAGUAGUCUUUGGUUACCAAAUAUUCAACAAGAGGUGCAACAAAGAAAGUUGUUAUACAUGGGAUUAUAUCUUCUCAUAUGGGGUGAAGCUGCAAAUUUGAGAUUUAUGCCAGAAUGUCUUUGCUAUAUCUAUCAUCAUAUGGCAUCUGAAGUAUAUGGUAUUCUGGCUGGUAGUGUUACUCCUACUGGUGAGAAUAUUAAACCCGCAUAUGGACUUGAAAAAGAAGCAUUCUUGUCGAAGGUAGUGACUCCUAUAUACAAAACAAUAGCUCAGGAAGCUAAAAAAAGCAAAGGGGGGAAGUCGAAACAUUCUCAAUGGAGAAACUAUGAUGACAUAAAUGAAUAUUUCUGGUCAGAUGACUGUUUUCGAUUGGGAUGGCCAAUGCGUGAUGAUCGUUAUUUCUUUUGUCGGUCUGAUGAAGAUUCUAAAGAGAAAAAACCUGCUACAAGUGAAAAACAGGCGACAAGUGAACAGCAAAGCGAACAGCCUACUACCGAUGGAAAUCCUGCUACAGAUGACAAAUCCACUACACAUGAUCAUUAUAUAGGAAAAAUGAAUUUUGUUGAGAUAGAUUCGUAUUGGCAUAUCUUUAGGAGCUUCGAUAGGAUGUGGAGUUUUUUCAUUCUGUGUUUACAGGCAAUGAUUAUUAUAGCAUGGAAUGGAUCGGGUGAACUAAGUUCUAUCUUCGAUGGAGUUAUGUUCAAGAAAGUGUUGAGCAUCUUCAUAACAGCAGCAGUUUUGAAACUUGCACAAGCUGUCCUUGAUGUAGCUAUGAUGUGGAAAGCAAGGUUCAACAUGUCAUUUGAUGUCAAAAUUCGAUAUCUUUUGAAGGCUUUUUCUGCGGCAGCUUGGGUGGUUGUUUUACCGAUCACAUAUUCUUAUAGUUGGAACAAUCCUUCAGGAUUUGAAGAGACUAUUAAAAACUGGUUUGGAAAUGGACCAAGUUCACCUUCUGUUUUUAUUAUAGCAGUUGUUAUCUACUUAUCUCCAAAUAUUCUUUCUGGACUAUUGUUCCUCCUUCCCUUUAUACGUCGGAAUCUAGAGAGAUCAGACUACAAAAUUGUGAGAUUCGUGAUGUGGUGGUCUCAGCUUCCACUUUAUGUCGGGAGGGGAAUGCAUGAAGAUCCUCUCUCCCUUAUCAGGUACACUAUAUUCUGGGUUCUUCUUAUAAUGGCAAAGUUGGCUUUCAGUUACUACUUAGAGAUAAAGCCUCUAGUAGGCCCAACAAAAGCAAUUAUGCGACUUCACAUUAGACGUUAUGAAUGGCAUGAGUUCUUCCCUCAAGCCAACAGCAAUAUUGGUGUUGUGAUUGCACUCUGGGCUCCUAUAAUUCUUGUCUAUUUCAUGGAUACCCAAAUAUGGUACGCCAUUUUUUCAACAAUAUUUGGUGGUGUUUAUGGUGCAUUUCGGCGACUUGGAGAGAUUCGGACGUUAGGAAUGUUAAGAAGCCGCUUUCAGUCACUGCCAGGUGCUUUUAAUGACUGCUUAGUUCCAGCAGAAACUAGUGAAAGGACUAAAAGGGGACUCAAGGCCACCGUAUCACAUAGAUUCUCUAAUGAACCGACCAAUAAAGAAGAGACGGCAAGAUUUGCUCAGAUGUGGAAUACAAUCAUUACAAGUUUCAGGGAGGAAGAUUUGAUAAACAAUAGGGAAAGAGACCUUUUACUCAUGCCAUGCUGGGCAGAUUUUGACUUGAAUCUUAUACAGUGGCCUCCUUUUUUACUUGCUAGCAAGCUUCCAAUAGCCUUGGACAUGGCAAAAGACAGCAAGGGAAAAGAUCGUGACCGUGAACGAGAACUGCAAAAGAGGCUUAAUGCAGAUGGUUAUAUGAUGUGUGCUGUUCAGGAAUGCUAUGCUUCAUGUAAAAAUAUUUUGGAAGUUCUUGUUCAUGGGGAACUUGAAAAGGGCGUUAUCACAAAGAUUUUUGAAAUAGUUGACCAUCAUAUAAGUGAGCGAGACCUCAUAAAGGUGCUAGAUAUGAGUUACUUGCCUAGCCUCACGGAUCAUGUUAUCCAGCUAAUCGAGAUUUUGAAAAAGAAUGAAGCGAGUGACAAGGAUACACUCGUAAUUGUGCUACAGAACAUGCAUGAGGUGGUAAAAAGAGACAUAUUUGUGGAGGCAGAUUCUAGCAUGCUAGAAUUGCGUCCAGAUAACGCGUUUGCGGAUCUUAAUUUUCCUGUUACAGAAGAGACAGAAGCUUGGAAAGAGCAAAUCAGAAGGAUUCAUCUCUUGCUUACUGAAAAAGAAUCUGCCAUGGAUGUGCCAUCAAAUCUAGAAGCCAGAAGACGUAUGUCUUUCUUCUCAAAUUCAUUGUUUAUGGACAUGCCCGCGCCCCCCAAAGUUCGGAAUAUGAUUUCUUUUUCGGUCCUGACUCCUUACUACAAUGAGGAUGUUCUUUUCUCUGUGGAUACCUUGGAAAAGCAGAAUGAGGAUGGAGUUUCCAUUUUGUUUUACUUGCAGAAAAUUUUUCCAGAUGAAUGGAACAAUUUUCUAGAGCGGGUGAAACAUAGCAACGAAGAAGAACUGAAAGUAGAUUCAGAUUCGAAAGAAUUACUUCGCCUUUGGGCAUCAUAUAGGGGACAAACACUUACUAAGACUGUACGUGGCAUGAUGUAUUAUCGUCAAGCAUUGGAACUUCAGGCUUUCCUUGAUAUGGCAAAGGAUGAAGAGUUAAUGAGAGGUUACAAGUCUGCUACAUCUAACAUGGAAGAAUAUUUGAGGAAUGAUAAAUCACUACUAGCACAAUGUCAAGCAGUAGCAGAUAUGAAGUUCACGUAUGUCGUAUCAUCUCAACAGUAUGGCAUCCAGAAAAGAUCACAAGACGCUCGUGCUGUUGACAUUUUGAGACUUAUGACAACGUAUCCUUCUCUUCGUGUUGCAUAUAUUGAUGAGGAAGAAGAUCCUAUUAAUCACAAAGUUUCUUACUAUUCAGUUCUUGUGAAAGCUGUACCAAAGUCUGAAGAUGCCUCCGACCAAGAUCAAAACUUAGAUCAGGUUAUAUAUCGUAUAAAACUUCCAGGACCAGCCAUAUUGGGUGAGGGAAAACCCGAGAAUCAAAAUCAUGCAAUAAUUUUCACACGGGGAGAAGGUCUGCAGACAAUUGACAUGAACCAGGACAACUACAUGGAAGAAGCCUUUAAAAUGAGAAAUUUGCUUCAAGAAUUUCUAAUCAAACAUGGUGUCAGAACUCCAACUAUACUUGGACUUAGGGAGCAUAUAUUUACGGGCAGUGUUUCUUCUCUUGCGUGGUUCAUGUCAAACCAGGAGACUAGUUUCGUAACAAUUGGACAAAGAUUGUUGGCUAACCCAUUAAAGGUCAGAUUUCACUACGGGCAUCCUGAUGUGUUUGAAAGACUGUUUCACUUGACCAGAGGGGGUAUAAGCAAGGCUUCAAAAGUUGUUAACCUGAGCGAGGACAUCUUUGCAGGUUUCAAUUCAACACUACGCGGGGGAAAUGUUACUCAUCAUGAAUACAUACAAGUUGGUAAAGGAAGAGACGUAGGCCUCAACCAAAUAUCGCUUUUUGAGGCAAAAAUAGCCAAUGGAAACGGGGAACAGACAAUGAGUCGUGAUGUAUAUAGACUUGGACACCGUUUUGAUUUCUUCCGCAUGCUCUCAUGCUAUUUUACUACUGUAGGAUUCUACUUCAACACACUGCUCACUGUGCUUAUAGUAUAUGUAUUCCUCUAUGGCCGCCUUUAUCUUGUACUCAGUGGACUUGAGAGAGAGUUAACUACAAGCAAAGCGAUUAUGGAAAAUAAACCUCUUCAAGUAGCUCUUGCCUCUCAAUCAUUUGUUCAAAUCGGCUUUCUUAUGGCACUUCCAAUGAUAAUGGAAAUAGGACUGGAAAGAGGGUUUAGAAACGCAUUUACUGAUUUUGUUCUGAUGCAACUGCAAUUAGCUUCUGUGUUUUUCACAUUUUCUCUUGGAACAAAAACCCAUUAUUAUGGUAGAACUUUACUUCAUGGGGGUGCACAAUACAGAGCUACGGGCCGUGGAUUUGUUGUAUUUCAUGCUAAAUUUGCUGAAAAUUACAGGCUAUACUCACGCAGUCACUUUGUCAAGGGAAUCGAACUUCUGAUUUUACUUGUUGUAUAUGAAAUAUUUGGUGAAUCCUAUAGAAGCUCGGUUGCAUACAUACUGAUAACAAUAUCAAUAUGGUUCAUGGUGGGCACAUGGCUAUUUGCUCCCUUUCUUUUUAACCCAUCAGGAUUCGAAUGGCAAAAAAUUGUUGAUGACUGGACAGAUUGGGGUAAAUGGAUGAGCAACCAAGGAGGAAUUGGUGUCCCAGUAGAGAAAAGUUGGGAAUCAUGGUGGGAGAAAGAGCAAGAGCAUCUUCUUUUGUCUGGGCUAAGGGGUACCAUAAUGGAGAUAUUGUUGGCAGUUCGCUUCUUUAUUUAUCAGUUUGGACUUGUAUAUCACCUCAACAUCACAAACAGCAAAAGUUUUCUGGUCUAUGUCAUAUCAUGGCUCGUGAUCUUCGCAGGACUUCUAGUAAUGAGGGGUGUCUCAUAUUGUAAAAAAUCUCUUAGCAAUGAAUAUCAGCUUGCAUUUCGAUUGAUCAAGGGGUUGAUAUUCAUCACUUUUCUUUCUAUCAUGGUCACCAUAAUCGCACAGCCUCAUAUGACAGUAAAGGAUAUAAUAGUAUGUGUCCUCGCUUUAAUGCCUACCGGUUGGGGGAUGCUUCUGAUUGCACAAGCGCUUAAGCCAUUUUUGCGACGAUCUGGAGUCUGGUCAUCAGUUAGAACACUGGCACAAUAUUAUGAAAUGAUCAUGGGUUUGCUUCUAUUCACCCCAGUUGCGUUUUUCGCUUGGUUCCCAUUCGUCUCGGAGUUCCAAACACGGAUGUUGUUCAACCAAGCAUUUAGCAGAGGGUUACAGAUCUCACGUAUUCUUGGUGGCGGGCAAAAGAAAGACAAAUCCUCCCGCAACAAGGAGUAACUGUUUGUCCUGCUCCCCACUCAGUUUCAGCAUAUAUAUUAGUCUCUUGUGUGUCUGUAUGUCGUCAACUUGUCAUCAAGAUGGAAUCAUUGAAUACAUGGUACACUUAGAGAUACUAGAAACAGGCUGACGAGAUCUAUACAUAGUGCUAGAUAGUAUAUAUCUAUAACCAUUAGGUGCCUUAUUUACCUUGAACUGGCCUUCUAUAGCUAGCUAGUAAGAACUAAGAAGUAGCAACUGAGUUAUAUGAAUAGUUAUAUCUUCUCUUUUAGGUGAA